AUGCUCAAGAGGUUCUGGGCGUAUACAGCGACUUUCUUCUCCCUCCAAGCGUCUUACAAUUCCAACAUUAACUAUAUCCCUCCCGAGCCUCUCCCGAGCCUCUUGGUGGUACGGCGGGGUGCGGGCGACGACGACGAUAGUGAUGAUGGCGGUGAUGGUGAUAACUCCGAAAAACCGCAGAAAAGGCUUGCGCGGUUUCGGAAAGAUCGUGCGACACUGGGGGAUGAGCUUUACGACCCAUUAUUGAUGAAAAAAGAUGAAGAUGGAUGA